AUGAUACCCAUUCUCUUCUUGCUUUUUCCGGGAUUGUUCGCUGUUAAACCAGUGUGGAAGACGCCUGUCUCGGAGCCGAAUCCGAAUGCAAAUGUGGAAGUUUUGAAGGAACAUUCGAACUUGGCUAAAGUGAGUCUCAAAGUCGAUGAAUCUGAAAGAGAGAAGAUGAACAAUAAUGUUUUCUUUUUUUUUGCAGCGCGCACAACCCAACUACUACACCCGUCCGGAGCAGGUCUCGAUCCCCGAUUACCGAUCACCGCGUCAACGCGUCCCUCCACCGUCACAGACAUCCCAACAACUUGCUCCGCAUCAAAUCACUUCGGGCGGUCAGUUCCGUCCGUUUGCCUGGGUCGGUCCUCAGCCAAAGACCGGCACUCCACAAACCAGUUAUUAUGAAAACGCGCCGAAUAAGGGCCAAUUCCCCAAUGGCUUGCCUCCGUUGCCUCCUAAUUGGCGUCAGUAUCCCGUGCAGAUGAUUUGGAUUCCUGAUAGUCCUGGACAACAGCUACCACAAGGACAGUAUCCGUACUAUCCGGGACCACAAGGACCUCAAGCACCCCCGGUGAUUCCCGCUGGAACCUAUGGACUCUAUGGACCGACAGUGUCGACUGAAGAGCCGAUGAAACCAUCUGCUUAUCCGGAGAGUUACACCGGUACAGUUGCCCACAGCCCUGCUGCAAGUCCAAUCACCACUACGAUCCCGUAUGAAGGUGCAUCCACUUCCUCUUCAACCCCGUACCAACCGGCGGUGACAGGCGCCACUGGACAAGGAGAAGACUACACUAGAGUCUCGGAUCAGAAUCCAUCAGUAUCCUCUGCGUUCCCAACUGACAGAUUUUCGUCGAGCAUCUCGCCGAGUCAAGGAACAACUGAAGAACCGUCAAAAGAAGAAGAAGGGUCUACUUAUGAACCAGCCCGGGGAUCUUCAAGCCAACCGACAAGAGAUUUCACAGGACAGCCUUCAGGAGGUGGAUUCAGAAGCUCGGUUAACCCAACCAUUCGUCCAGGACCACAAGAGCCAAGUGUUGGAAGUUAUACCCCGCGAGUUUCUCUCCCUUACGAUGCUGAUGGAACUACAGAGCAAUCAACAACAGUUCCACAAUCUGAAACGUCUGGAGGUUCAACCAAUCUCUUCCAAAUGACCACUAACCCAUUCGGAGAGACGCUUGGAGCAAAGACUGUUCCUCCAGUGUUUCUGGGAUCCGAAGAGGACGAUGCGGAGCAACCAGAAGACAUCAGUAAGGUCACGGAGGCACCGACUCCUACCCCGCAAGAAGAAGAGGAGGAGAUGGUGAAGAAUUUCUUCCCGCGCCCCGUCAGUUCACAAGCCUAUCAACCUCCAGGACAUCAGCCAGAGCAUUUCUCAAGUCAUAUCAAUGUGAAUUUCAAGAAACCGAAAGGGAAGGGAGGGUGUGUGACGCCACCAUGUCGUGGAGUUGAUACUGAUAAAGUGAGUGAAUGAAUGUACUUGGAAUUCUCGAGCAAUGUGUCUUUUCAGAUAUCUCUCUACAAACCCGAUAAUGAGGGCUCUGGACCCACUCUUGUCAUAAGCAAUGCUGCAAAAGAUGACGCAUCGAGGGCUGGCUACAAGCCCGCUCCACCGCCAAUUGUGAAUCCAUACGUGCCACCGCCGCCACCUCCUCAUCCCGAAGAAGAGUAUGCUACUCCUCACAUCCCGCCCGGUCAGCAGCCAUUCCCUCCUUUCGGAUCAGGCUCACCAACUUCUCCGAGAGCUCUGAUUCCUGCUCACAACUUUUCGCCGCCAAGCACCACGUUGCAGCCAGAAGAAGAAUAUCAUGAGACGACGGUAAGAAACCGCGUAUUUAUCAUUCGCGUACUUAUUCUUUAGACGGACGUUACACCGACUGCUCGGACUGUCUCAACCAGAUACACUUCUCCGACAACCACUACUACUCCCCGACCUAUUGAAUCCACGACAACGGAGGAAGAUCGUCCGGAAUACGUGCCGCCAGCCAUUGUUCAUAUGACGGCUUCGACGCCCAGUGGCAAGAACCCGCCGACCUACGUUCCUCUUCAUCCGGAGACGUCUCCAUCGGAAACUACAACAACGCCUACUACGAGUGGAGGAAAGGAGACGGAGACACAAACUUCUGUGACCAUCACAAGGCGGCCAGAGUUUCCGGGAAUUGAGACAACUCCGCCAGUUGGUGGAAAUGUACCGCCAGAUAGAGGUUCUACCGUACCUUCCAGUUCUCUCGGCUCAACGAGUACAACCCGGGCAUUUGUGACACAAAUAUUCACUGACCGAGAGAGAACAGAUUCCGGAGAAUCGGCAACGACUUCUGGAAAAUGGAUUUAUACAACCUCGGAGUCGACUAGGACCACAGAAUACGUGACACCUUCAACGCCGUCAUCAGAAUUCCCAACGUUGUCUACGGAGAAUUUCACGCCAUCCACUGCAUCAGAAGGCGUUACUGCCCCUACUGAUACAUUCGAGGAUGUCACUUCGAUCUCCACCGAUCGUUUCAGACCAUCCGAGUUCACAACAGCCCCAACUCCUCCGCCAUCAAUUACCGAAGCCACGACUACUGUUGUAACUGCAAGUAUCCCUUCAGUUGCCGGCUCACCUCCUGGCACCCUUCCAAGUACAAACCAGCCGCCACGUGGAAAUCCGUAUGCUCCGCCGGAGGGUGCUCCGCGAGUACCGAAUCGACUUAUCGGAAAACCCAGGAUUUUGUGUCUGGAGGAUGGAAUCAGUUUUGAGGUGAAGACGAUUCUUCCGCUAAACGGAGAGGUUUUUGCGAAUGAUCGGAAAAGAGUUCCAGAGUGAGUCAGUACUUUUAGUAAGAAGAACAUAUUAUUUUGCAGAUGUCAAAAAACGUUCACAGAGGACGGACAUCCGAAGCUCUUCCUUCCGUUCGCCACGUGUGGAGUGAAGAAUGUUGGCGAACAGGUGGAUAGUCGGGCUCAAUAUCACAUGCAAGUAAGUUCUGAGCUCUGGAACGAUAGUAGCAUUGCCACUAUUGUUCAGGUUGUACUCGUAAUCGACCAAGGAAACGGCACGAACACUCUUCAAUCAUUCAUGGCACAAUGCGUUCAUCAGAAGGUCAACUACAACAAACAAGUGCUGCCAAAGCGCAUUGAAGAGGCACUGGAAGAGUGAGUAUCUUUCAAACGUCCAACUCGUUCACAUUGUGAUCAUAUUUGCCAGGCUGCGCUUGGUACCUUCCAAGCUAGAGCAAAAGGCGUCUAUGCCCAAUGUCCAGAUGCAAAUUGUCGUCGAUGAGGGGCAUCACAAACUGGGAGCUGAAGUCAGUGCGGCUGACAUUGGAAUGCCGCUUGCGCUCAAAUGGAGCAUGAUUCCAGAAUCAGGUGGGUUGUUUUGUUUACAGAGUUGUGAUUGUUUUUAUUGAACUUUUUCGUCAGAUGCGUAUGGAAUGCAUGUGCGCAACUGUAAAGUCGUCGACGCAGUCGGCAAGAUUGAUCAUACUCUGAUCGACGAGCAAGGAUGUUCGGCCGACCUUCAAAUAAUUGAUCAUCCUCACUAUGACACGUAUCACGACACGGCUUCCGCUCAUAUGUGGGCGUUCAAAGUGCCAGACAUGGCAUCCCUUCAGAUCAAGUGUGACAUUCUCAUCUGCUCGAACAUCAAGUCAUCGGUGACGAACACGACAAGCUGUGAAGACAUUCCAUCGGUAUGAAAUGUUCGAUUCAUUCCGGAAAACCCUAAAUUGUUUCAGCCUCCAUUUUGUGCCGAUGUUGUCACGUCGCCACCAAACUCCAUCCUCUCCGACGCCUCCUCAUUCAUUAAACAUCGUCGUGCUUCGGUCACUUCUGAAGCUUCCGACAUGUCCGCCACACAGUCUGUCAGAACCUCCAUUUGUCUUUCAAAGACUUGCAGGCCAGACUUUUCAGGUAUACAAUCUAUUUUCAUCAGUUCCAAUAGUUUAAAGUAUUUCAUUUCAGAAGAAGUUCGUGUCUGUGUCAACACUCAACUGGCCACCACUUCCACUGGACUCUCAGUCGCAUUCCUUCUCUUUGCAAUCUCUUUCCAGAUCAUUGCAAGAACAAAACGAGCUUAA